AUGUCGAAUGUUCGUCGAUUAAGCAUGAUGAAAAAAAACAAAUCUGUGAUCGACAAUUGUUCCGGAUUGUUGCUUCCAGACGAAAAAAAAGCAAUAAUCAAUUGCCUGUCGAUUGAUACAAGACGAGAGAAAAAUGAACAAGAUGCAAACCUACCUGGUCGUCACUUGCUUGGCACGUCGAGCAAAAUAGCGGAUGAUAGAUGUGCAAUGAGGGUCCAUAAAGAGACUACAACGUAUCUAUUCUCGUCUCCAGCAACAAGCCCUAACUGUCACUCCCUCUCUGAUUUCAUCUUCUCCAUCGAUCACCCCCCUGUGAUUUCAUCUUCUCCAUCGACAAUGGUGAUGUGCGUCUGCAGAAAGUGGGCGAUAGUUCGGACAUCGUGGACAGAUAACAACCCAGGGCGCCGAUUUUGGGGAUGUCCUGACCCGAAUUCAUCAUGUGGGUUUAUUGGGUGGUAUGAUGAACCCAUGUGUGCUCGUUCCAAAGUUAUAAUACCAGGGCUGCUUAGGACAAUCAAUAAGCUACGAAAAGCAAUGGAUGAUACAAAAGAACAAGCAAGCAAGCAUGAAAAAGCAAUGGAGAAGAUCAAAGAACAAGCAACUAUGUUGAAGUAUUACCUAGUCUAUAGUUGGAUUUUUUUUGUUGUUGUGUUGGUGUUCUUGUUGUAAGUCCACAGGUUGAUUGUGGUUAUCUUUUGUAAUAGGAUAGGGGUAUAUGUGUCUGGUUUAAGUUUUUUUUUGCUAAUGUGGAACAUUGUAAUGCAAAGUAAUGG